AUGUCAUCCGCCCAGCUCAAAUCCCUCGCCGCCUACUCCGCCUGCGACGUCUCGGACGUGCUGCUGAAGCUCAAUGUGCCUGGCGCCGGGUUUCUGGCCGACAUAACGCCCAUCCCGACCUCCACGGCGAUAAUCAAGACCAUCGCCAAAGCAUCAACCUUCCUCUUCGUCCCCAAAUCGUCCGGCUCCUUCACCCAACCCCCCUCUGCGACACCACUUCAGGACCUGCCUGAGCCGAACAUCAAGCCUGGCACGCCGUAUGCCGAUCUUGCGACGGCGGAUACGGUGGUUGUGCUGAGCCAGCCGGCGGGGCAGAAGUGCGCUGUUAUGGGUGGGAUCAUGGCGGUCAGGAUGAAGAAGCUUGGAGUGAAGGGGGUAGUAGUGGAUGGGAGGGUGAGGGAUUUGGGGACAUGUGGGGAGGUGGGGAUACCAGUUUGGUCGAAGGCGACGAGUACGAUUGGGGCGGGUGCGGAGAGUAAGCCGUGGGCGAGGGAUGUGCCGGUCGUGGUUGGAGGGGUGAGGGUUGAGGCAGGCGAUAUUAUCAUGAUCGAUCCGGCGGAGAAUGGGGUUGUUUCGAUUCCGCAGUCGAAGCUUGAGGAGGUGCUUGAGCUACUUCCCAAGCUUGUUGCGGCGGAUGAGAAUGUUAUUGUUGAUGUGGAGAAUGGCGGGACGGUUGCGGAUGCGUUCAAGGAGCAUAGGAGUAACUUGUAGG